AUGUAAUCAAUUAGGGCUUAGAGAAUGAAAAAAAUAAUGUAAGUUCAAGGAGAGGUUGGAUAACAUAAAGGAUAUACAGCAAUAAAAAUAGCUGGAAAUGCUCAUGAAUUAAUUAGAAAGAGUAAAUCAGCUGCUAAUAAUAUUGGUGAAUUAGCAAUACAAGAUGUAACUAAGAAACUGUUGCAAGACUAAUUCAAUUCAAUUAAGAGCUAUGAUAUUGCAAAAGGUGAAGAGAAACCUGGUCUAUCAUUUAAGUCAAUGCAUAAUAUGUACGACUUGUAAACAUUGAAGAUUACAAAAUUAUAUAAGAAAAAAGAAAGGAAUGAACUUGAGAAAUAAAUAAGAAAUCAAUUAGCAAAGGAUCCUGAAAAAUAACUUUUACUUUCAGAAAUAUAUGAAUAAUUAGAAGAUAAUUCAGAUGGAGAAGUUCUAAAAAAGAAACAAAAAAAUAAAGAAGAAUCUCUUGCUACUCAUUAAGAAGUGUAUGAUGAAUCACAAGAUCAAACAGCAGAUCUUAAGGUUUGGACAAAAAGAUUGAAAGAGUAAAAGAAAAAAGAAGAAAGUAAACAAGAUGAUAAUAGUACACUUAAUGCAAUACCAUAAAGAAAUAAAUAAAGAGCAUCAACUGAAAUAAGGAAACCUAUUUAACAUUAAUAAUCAGUUAAGUAAUUGCCACUUGAAAGAUAAAAUUCAACAUAAAAUUCAGUGCCCUCUUAAAAUACACCCAGAUCCUAUAAAGAUGUUAUGAAGAAUGCUGUUUAAAAAGUUAAAUAAUUAAAAAGUUUAAAUGAAGAUUUAAGUGUAGAACGAUCAGUAGAACAAUAUAUACAAAAAGCUUCAGCUGUUGCUUUAAGUGAAUUAAAGGAAAUUGGAGAACUUAAUGUUGAUGAAGAAAAAGGAUUAACUACUAAUUUUGACUUUACUAGUGAAGGUGUAUAAAGAAUGUAUAAUACUUUGGUUAAAGUUUAGAUGUCUCAAUUUAAAUCAGAAGCUGAAAAAGCCAAGUUUUAUAAGAAAUAAACACAAUUGAUUUCAAAUAAAUUGAUCUUUAAAAUUAAACAAAAUAAUAUUAUUAUUGAAGCAAGAGUAGUAGCUUAAGAUAAAUUAAGAUUAGAAACACAUGAGUUCCAUGAAAAAAUAGGAUAAAUUAAAUAAUUAACAGAAUAAUUACUUAAAGAAAUUAUAGAUUUAAAAGAUCCUAGAAGUUAAGGUAGUCUAUAAAUGAGUAAAUCAAGAAUGUCAUUAGUUAAUUCAUUCAUGAAUCAAUAAAAUAAAUAAAAAGAAUUAGAUUAAGAUAUACAAAUUCUCAGAGAAAGUAAAAAGGCAUAUAAAUAAAAAAUACUAUUCAAUAAAAAGACAUUAGAAUAAAUAGAUUAAGAUAUUCAUGUUAAAAAGAAAGAAAAUAAAUCAUUAUAAAAAUGUUUAGUAGGCUUUUAUUUUUAAGUACUUAAAAAUGGAUAGGAUGUAAGAACUACUGGAAUAGCUUGGGUUAUUUCUAAAUUAAAUUCAUUAAAUGAAAAAUGCCAUCAUUCAACUUUACCUGAUUAUUUGGAUUAAAAGGCUAAAGAAUAUUUACUUCAAGUACUUAUUAUUAUUAUAUAAGAAAGCAACAAUGUUAUCAGAUAUAGAACAAUUAGAAAAAGAGUUAAGUGAAUCAUUUAAACAAUAUAAAUAAGAAUAAUCUCUUGAUAGUAGUUUGGCUAUUUUAUAAUAGAGUUUAUCUUAAAAUGAUUCCUUAGAAGUUUCAUCAUUACCUUCAAUCUUUCCUUUUGAUAGUCAUAAAUUAUCUUCUAUUGAUUUAUAGUAAGCAAGAUAAGAGGCUGCUAAAACUUGUAGAAAUAAUUAUUAAUUGGAUAAAUUGGGACCCAUUACUUUAGGAUUGACUAAUGAAGAUAUUGAAAAUUUAGAAAAUAUGUUAACCAAAUUAAACUAAAAGAAUUAACCAGUUACUAAUGGUACAUUAAUUUAUAAAGAAACUUAAAAAAGAAUCAAAUAAUAAAUUAAAUAAAAAGGUCAAAUGGAAGUCUCAUAAAUUAAUGAUCAAUCUGCUGUUCUAAAAGAAUAAGCAAUUCAUUCUUAUGAUAAAUGCAAUACAUAAUUAAAUAAAAUUAAAUUAAAAGUAUUUAUUUAAAUUAUUUAAAGUUAUAACAUUUAGAAGAUGAAUAAGUAAUUAGAGUAGUCAAGGAAUUCGAUUAUAAGAACUAUGGUAAAAGAUUCAGUAUAGAUCCAAUAACAGUGAUUUCAUGUCUUGUGGGAGGUGUUAGAUGUGAUAGGGAAAUUGUGAAGUAUGGAAUGAAAAAAAUCCACUAUGAAUGA